AUGCCGGACGUCAACUCGAUCCCGGCGUCGCCCUCGAGCAUAAGACGUCCAUCGGCUAAUGCCUCAGCCCAACCUCAUGUCGCUGCGCCAGUGCCCCCCGCCUCAACCUCGCCGACACUGAACAUUCUCCCUUCGAACCAACAGUCGUACCACCAAGGCGUUCCAGGCUCUUUACCAUCGCCGUCGCUCACGACCGCAGCCAGUAUCCCACCCCCAGCGGCACCGGGUCAGGAUAAUGCUGGUGUAGGCGCUGGUCCUGGACCAAUCCGCCAUCCACGACCUUUGACUGCUGCUGAACUCCAUCAGCAGCUGGAGGCCGAACAGGAACUACUGGUUAAUCGAUUGACUCGAGAUUUACAAACACUCCGAGCAGCUCACAACUCUUCUGUUGCAUCGAAUGCCUCAUCGGCUUCCGCUGCUACUUCGACAGAUCAGGCGCAGUCCUCAUUCGUAGACACGCAUUUAUUGUCUGGUCCCGGAUUCCCUCUACCCACAACCAGUGCCGACCGUCGGCACCAACGCACAAGUUCCAGUACCAGUGCAAGAAGCUUCAGUCACCUUGCGUCUGCAGGCUCAACGCCAGCACCAAUCCCCAUCAGCCAUGCACCUUCUGGUAAUCCAGGCUCUGUCCUCGAGGCUGCACGGAAUCCAAGAAGCAGCAUGUCCAUGUCGCGCCAGAAUAGUACCGCUUCCCACCGGAGUGCAAGCAGGUCGCGCAACAGGUCACCACGUCCUCACGGCGGUCCUGGAUCAUAUUCGCAGCCCCAUGGGUUUCCUUACACUGAGCAUCCAAGUGGGUCUGGAUAUUUCCCACCCCGUAGUCACCCGACGUCCAAUAAUCAGAGCACUGCUGCUACACCUGGAUCCGAAUUGUCACCCGGCCUGAUGCCUGCGACCUUGAGAUAUGAAGAGACGGCAUUCUAUCGCCAGGAGCUUGACACAGCGAAACGCGAGAAUGAAACCCUGAAACGACGUAUCAAGGAACUUGAGAAAAUGGUUCGUGAGCGACGAGAAAGUGAUGCCUCUAGAACUAGUGGAGGUGGUGGUGGUGGUGGUGGUGGCGGUGCACGGAUCAGAAGUGAGAGCACAAGCACCACGGCAAGCGUCAGCGUCAGCGAAGCAGUAGGUGCAGGUGGAGGUGGCACAAACAUCGCCGGCGGCCGGAGAGACCCUCCUGGCCGAGGUGGAAUGUCCAUGGAGAGGGCUUUCAGUACCUUGAGCAUGGCUGGAAGCGUUGGCGUCGGUGUUCCUGACGAGGAGUUGCAAGUCGGCGAGAGCGCAUCCAAUACGGGUAUUAAGUCCCAAGAGCAGAAGUAA